UCGCCUUGAUUUCCAUGGAAGCAGCUUAUGAAGGAUGCCUCCAGAUAUUCACAAUUUGACAAGUCUCCGGGUAUUGACACACUUCAUUGUUUCCGAGACCGGGCCAAGACUCGGACAUUUAGCUGGACUCUCCAAUCUCCAACGUCUGGAUAUUUCAAACUUGCAAAACGUGGGACAUUCUAAGGAUGCUUCAGAUGCCAAACUGAGAGAGAAGAAGGGCCUUGCUGUUCUUCGGCUUUCAUGGGACCAUUAUCUCAGUCGGAAAGGGAAUGAAAUGGAAGUGCUCGAGAAUCUAGAACCACACCAAGACUUGAAAAUCUUAGUAGUUGAUUCUUAUCACGGUUCAAGAUUCCCGAAAUGGUUGGGGGACCCAUCUUACUCGUCUCUACAGAAUCUGCAUCUCUAUGACUGUGAAAACUGCGACUCAUUGCCGACACUGGGACUGCUGCCGACUCUUAGGGAGCUCUCUAUUGGAGGGUUCACAAAAGUAAGUUCUGUAGGCCCUGAGUUCUACGGGGAGAUGACUGCUUCGCAGAAGCCGUUUCAAUCUUUAAAGGUUUUACAGUUUAUGCAUAUGCCUGAAUGGAAAGAAUGGAACAUAGUCCAAGGUAUCGAGUUCCCACAUCUGGUUAAUCUUUGUAUAAUUGGGUGUCCCAAGCUAGUGGGAGAUUUGCCUAAGCAACUUCCUUCUUUAAACAAGUUGGAGAUCAUUGAAUGUACUCGCCUUGUGGCUCCGUGUCUGAAUGUUCCCAAUACUUGUGAAGUGAUUCUACACAAAAGCCAUGUAACCGUAAUUAGAAAAAGCCACCUAGAUACAGAUACAGUUUCACAAAUCACACCAAAACCCAACAACUCUGGUUUUCGAGGCAGAUCCGUAUUAAACAGAUCUCUUCUUGGUUUUUCUUCAGAUACAGCAAGCUCCCCAGAGCCAAAAGAGACUUCCUCAGUCAUGCAUAGUCAUCAAGUUGAUGCUAAACCAGACUCAAAAUCUUCAAUGGCUAAAGCUGAUAUUCCAAUCACCACUCAAGCAGCUGUCAUUCCUUCCACAACAGCUCCUUUGUCCAAUGAAGAAGCAGGUGAAGUACUAAACGUUUCAACUGUAUCACAAUUGAAGUCAUUGCCGCCCAGGCUGCACACCCUGAAAAUUGAAGGGUGCGAGUCCUUGGAGGCCAUACCCAACGAUAUACUAGCAAGAUUAACUGCUCUUAAGGAGUUGUAUAUCAUCAAUUGUGGUUCUCUUACAUCCCUCCCUUCCCUUGGUUCUGUCACAGCACUUUACAUACGUAACUGCAGAAGAUUGCAAAAUCUGUCAUCUUCUGAAUCAGGAAAGCAGCUUGCCUUUCUCCACCAUUUGUCCAUUGGGAGUAAUUGUGAUUCUCUCGCUACUUUGCCCUUGAACCUCUUCUGGCAACUCAAAACUCUCUGCAUAUGGGAUUGCCCCAAUCUUCAAUCUUUCCAUUUAAGUGGAGAGGCUAGAUGUGAUCUUACAUCUCUCGAGUCACUGGAGAUUAGAGAUUGCCCAAGGUUGAAAUCUUUCCCAGAGAAAGGGCUGCAUGCUCCAAGUCUAGUAUCUCUUUUACUUUCCAAUUGCGAGUCUCUUGAAAAACUGCCCAAUGCUAUGGACUCUCUUACAUCUCUCAAGUCAUUAUUUUUACAUAGAUGUCCACGGGUUGAAUCUUUCCCACCUGGGGGUUUGUCUUCAAGUUUAGUUUUUCUCUCAAUAGCAUCUUGUGAAAAACUUUGGCCAAGAAAGGAUUGGGGGCUAAAUAAUCUCAAAUAUCUCAGUAGAUUUGAGCUCGAAGGUGGAUGCAUCGGCAUGGAGUCAUUUCCAGAGGAGAACUUGCUUCCUUUCAAUCUUGAUUCUCUGUCUCUAAGUACGCUGAAGCAUCUCAAAAAGCUGGACAACAAGGGGUUUCAACACUUGAAUUCUCUUCGGUCACUUGAAAUCCGUUGCUGUGAAAUGCUUCAAUCCUUGUUUGAUGAAGGGUUCCCUUCUUCCCUGGAGCAUCUUUGUGUCCAAGAAUGUUCCUUGUUGACUCCAAGACUUAAAUCCUUGAGUGGGGCCGAAUUGCACAAGAUGGCUCAUAUCCAACACAUCCAAAUUGAUGGCCAAAUACUCUACUGAGGUCGGAAGCACCUACUAGCCGAUACAGCAAAAAUAGACAAAAUGUUUAUGUAAUCUGUAUCUGCUUAGAUAAGCAUAUGUUGAUUCAAAAAGUGCCUAUGUUGAUCUAAUAAUAAUGAGACAGCUUUAACUAUAUGUUCUGUUUCUUGUCUUGGCUAUAUGUUCAUUUGAGGUUAAGACAUUAGGAGUUUGGUAGUUGGUGGAUAUCCCAUAGACAUUGCUGAUGUAGGAGGCCCAUAGUUGGACCCAAUCUUUUCAUAUCAAUGCAAUUUCUUAUCUUAGUGCAAAAAAAA